AGAGCCGGGAGGAGCUGUUUUGGGGUGUUGUGAAUCUGUGCAGUCCAGAAGCACAGGGUGGGAGUUGUCGGGCCGAUCUGUUGUGCGUUUUGUCCCUGGAUUAACACCCGUUACCGACCCGCCCGCCCGCCGCAGCCAUGCCCGGGAUAGAGAAGCUGCCGAUAGACGAGACGCUGGAGGACAGUCCGCAGACUCGCUCUCUCCUGGGAGUGUUCGAGGAGGACACUGCGGCCAUGUCCAACUACUGCACACAACUGUAUCAGGCCAUGAACAGGAUUUAUGAUGCUCAGAACGAGCUGAGUGCUGCAACACACCUCACCUCCAGACUGCUGAAGGAGUACGACAAACAGCGUUUCCCUCUGGGGGGCGACGACGAGGUGAUGAGCUCCACCCUGCAGCAGUUUGCGAAAGUCAUCGAUGAGCUGAGCUCCUGUCACGCCGUCUUGUCCACUCAGCUCGCCGACGCCAUGAUGUUUCCCAUCACGCAGUUUAAAGAGCGAGACCUAAAGGAGAUCCUCACCCUUAAAGAAGUCUUCCAGAUAGCCAGCGAUGAUCACGACACGGCCAUUAACAGAUACAGUCGCCUCUCAAAGAAGAGAGACAACGACAAGCUGCGGGCGGAGGUGGUGGAGGACGUCUACACCUCCCGGAAGAAGCAGCACCAGACCAUGAUGCACUACUUCUGCUCGCUCAACACGCUGCAGUACAAGAAGAAGACGGCGCUGCUGGAGCCGCUGCUGGGAUACAUGCAGGCGCAGAUCAGCUUCUUCAAGCUGGGCUCAGAGAAUCUCACCCAGCAGUGGGAAGACUUCCUGGGAACUAUAGGAACCAGCGUCCAGAACGUUCGCCGGGAGAUGGAGGAGGAGGUGGGCCAGAUGCAGCAGACCAUCCAGCAGAUGGAGAGGUCAUGUGACCCCCUGUACGCCCCGUGUGACCCCGACCCCGUCCACUCACCUGUGUGCCGCAGCCUGACCAGGAAGCAGGGCUACCUCUACAUCCGCAAUAAGACCGGCCUGGUGUCGUCGUCCUGGGAGCGGCAGUACUUCUUCACGCAGGGCGGGAACCUCAUGCAGCAGGGCCGCGGCGAGGUGGCGGGCGGGCUGGUGACGGACCUGGACAACUGCUCCGUCAUGGCGGUCGACUCCGACGACCGCAGGUUCUGCUUCCAGGUCACUUCCUUCGAUGGGAAAAAAGUGGUGACGCUGCAGGCGGAGAGCAGGAAGGACUGCGAGGAGUGGAUCGCCACCAUCAACAACAUCUCCAAGAGGAUCUACCUGAGUGAGAACGCAGAGGAGCUGGCAGCCAGAGUGAACCAGUCGGCCCUGGAAGCCGUGACUCCUUCUCCGUCCUUCCAGCAGAGACAUGAGAGCAUGAGACCCAGCAGUAAAGGCCGGACGGGCCGGGCGAGCAGCAUCAGCUCGGUGGGCUCCGAGCCGUCGCCCGCCCUGUCCGUGCUCUCAUUGGAUGCCCUGGUUGCCCCGGAAACGCCCAUCCAGUUCGACAUCAUAUCCCCCGUCAGCGAGGAGCUGUCGGGCCAGAGCAAGGCGGCGGCGCAGUCCGGCCGGAGGAGUAACCCGUUCGGAGAGUCGGGAGACGGCACAGCAGAGGACAGCGAAGACUCCAUCCUCCACCAGCUCUUCAUCGUGCGCUUCCUGGGCUCCAUGGAGGUGCGGACCACCGAGUCUGUGGACGUCAUCUCUGAGACCAUGAGGCAGAUCCUGGCUGCUCGAGCCAUCCACAACAUCUUCAGGAUGACCGAGUCUCACCUGCUGGUCACCUGCGACUGCCUCAAGCUUAUCGAUCCUCAGACACAAGUCACUCGUCUCAGGUUUCCCCUCUCCAGUGUGAUUCAGUGUUCGUCCCAUCAGGACAACAAGCGGCUGUUUGGUUUCGUUCUGGAGUCUCCGGGCGGGCGGGCCGUCUGCUACAUCUUCGAGUCCAACAACGACGGGGAGAAGAUCUGUGACAGCGUCGGCCUGGCCAAGCAGAUCGCCUUCCACUCCGAGAUGGACCGUAAAGCUGUGGAGAAGAGGAAGGAGGAGGACAAGGCCAAAGAGAAGCAGCAGGAGGAGCUCAGCAAGCAGAGGCAGAUAGAGAAGGAUCUGGAGGAGCAGAGUCGCCUCAUCGCCGCCUCCAGUCGUCCCGCCAACCCGCCUCCCUCUGACGGACAGUUCCUGGUGCUCAGCAACAGCCAAUCGGAGGACAGCGACGCCGGGGGGGAGGAUGGGAAGAAGAAGGGCGAGUCCGAAGCCUAACGACGCCCGGAGGAUGCAUGUUUGACCUCCCAGACGAGGCCCGGCCGCUGUCGUCAUGACGACCGCUCAGGAAACAGGAGGAGGAGGAGGUGGAGGAGGAGGGGAAACAGCACCCGCCCGCCUGGGCCGCCUGGGACCGAAAAACAUUUGCUUCCUCUCUGCUGGACAAACCCAACGCACCCUCACGGCAAGACGAGGAGGAGUCGUGGUUUAUCGUGUGUGUAAGAGCGCUGCUUUCAUAUCAGCUCCACCGGCAAGAAGAGACGCCAGAUCUAGAUUAACCCGCAAGUUUCAAUUGGUUUUUUUUUUGUUGAUUUUGUAAGAGACACUAACAGUAGUGACGGAGGAUCGUAAGCAGGCCAGCGUGAGGAGAGGAACACACCAGGAUCUGAGGCAGAAAGCUGGAGGCUGCAUCCCGACGCCUGGAGCAUUUCUCUCCUUCAACCCGACAGCAGUCGCAGUUUGUUGGUUUUCUUUUUGUUUAUUGUUGUCCGAGCGCUUGGAAAGCGCACUGCAGUGUUUCAGGUGAAGCAGUUUUUCAUCCGUGCCGCCAAAUCACAUCUUCAGUUCUUCAUCGCCUCAUCAAAUGAACAAAAAAACCGUCAGAAAACACAUUUUAUCAUCGAGUUACAGCCGGUUAGGAACAAAAAUUGCCAAAUACACAUCAGGUCUUCUCCAAUGUUGGUGAUCACACUUUGACUUAUGUUACAAAUGACUUGAUAUAGAUAUAUUUUUAAUAGUUGAAUAAAGCACGGCCAUCCUCAUGUGAGAAACAAACAGACCCAUUACAAAGCUACAAACAACCUGUGUGUAGCAAUUAUUCUAGAACUAUGAUGGCUGUUUUCAAUACAAAAAAGCCAAAAUAUUUAUUGUUUUGGCCGCUUUUAAUGUUGUGAAGCCAAAAUAAAUAUCCUGUUGAUGAUAAUUCAUUAACAAUUUCACAUGUAAUAAAGAUGAAAAGAUCAAGAAUAAUUUUGGCCAAUUUAAAUGUAAAACAGCAAAACCAAGUACUAAUUUUAGCCAUUUUAAAUGUAUUAAAGCCAACAAUGUAGUGAUUUAACUGUAAUGUAACAAAACAAAGUGCAUCUAAGAUUUAGAGUGUUGCAUAUGAAUGAGCACGACUGGGCCAUGCGUUAGUCCUGUUCUUCAUGAGUGAGCUGCACAUUUAGGAGCUCGUUUGCACCACCAUGCAUCCCAUCAUUUUGGACAGUAAAGAUUGGUGACUUUACUUUGUCCCCAGCUGAAGAGUUGGAAACAAACAUACUGAACUCCACCCUGUCGUUAGCAUGCGAGCAAGUCUUUUCAAAUCAAGCCCAUGUAGUGUUAAAGCGUCGUAACUUUUUCGUUUCAGGCCGCCAACUUGAGUUUUGAUCAUGAGAAGUCGGAGCAAAAGUCUCGUUUGUUCUUGUUUUGUUUUGUUUUGUUUCGUUUUUUUCACAGUUUUACUGAAAGGAAAUUUGUUUAAUGCUCACUUAAGAGACUCGACUCCAAGUUUAAAGCCCAUUUACACGUUUUUAGGUGAAAAUGCAAAAAAUGAAGCAUUCUCACCUGAAACGUGAUUAAAACUGGGCCUAAGUUACAAAAACAGACCUGAUCUUGGCCGAAUAAUCAGAUUUCAUGUUAACCAGUAACGUGUGUUUGGCCUUCUAAUGUUCUCCCACCACUUUAAAGGACUAUGUUGCCUUUUUCUGUGUUACCCAGAAUGAUGAUCCCGAGAAAUGUGGGGUGUCAGACGAACCCUCUUUAGUUUCUGAAUGAGCAGUUACUGACGGUUUGGUUUGUAUGUGCUGGUUUCUGUGUUUUCUCCUGCUGUAACCAGGUGAAGGACUCGUUGUCGACGGAGCUGCACUUUAAGGGAAAACACGACGGGAUCGAUUAUGUAAAUAUGUUUUAAAGUGAUCGAUGUUCAACUGUCAAGGGUCAUUUGAAAGAACAAGUUAAAAAAAAAAGCUUUUCAUUGUUAAAAUAAAGCACUAAC